AUGGUGGGGCAGAGCCCCCCCUGUGAGAGCAGCAGCACUGUGCUCCUGGAGCCCUUCGUCCAUCAGGUCGGCGGCCACAUGAGCAUGAUGAAGUACGACGAGCACACGGUCUGCAAGCCCUUGGUCUCGCAGGAGCUGAGCUUCUACGAGUCGCUGCCCUUGGCCAUGAGGCAGUUCACGCCCCAGUACAAAGGCACUGUCUCCGUGCACCUCAAGAAGGACAGCCUUGGGAACGUGAUGCUCAUCGCCAGCCCCAGCCUGCAGACGGGGACCUGUGGCCGCGUGGACAAUGCCACCAGUGAGCCUGCGGUGACGAUAUGGCACAAAUGCAAGUGGGCUGCGAGCACCGGCACGGGCAGCGAGCACGCCUUCAGCACGUGGAGCCACACACAGGUCACCAAGACCUUCAAAGACAGCUGCCCAGGGAAGAGGCUAUUGAGGACAGACCUUCAGUACCGCACAGAUUCGCUUUUGGAAGAUGCAAAUGGAAACCAGCCAGAAAGAAAGAGCUACAACCCCUGGGGACUGCACUGUCACCGGCAGCACCUGAACCGCAUGUCCUCCAAGCACAACGAGAACAAACUGCAUCAGUUUCUAUUGCUUGAAAACGUGGUAUCAAAAUACAACUAUCCCUGCAUCCUGGACUUAAAGAUGGGAACGCGGCAGCAUGGUGAUGAUGCCUCAGAGGAGAAGAAAGCCCGGCACAUCAAGAAGUGUGAACAAAGCACCUCUGCAUCUCUGGGUGUUCGCAUCUGUGGGAUGCAGGUUUACCAAGCAGACACUGGCCAUUUUCUCUGCAAAGACAAGUAUUAUGGGAGGAAACUCUCACCGGAGGGAUUCAGGCAAACCCUGCGCCAGUUCCUGUGUAACGGCAACCACCUGCGGAUGGAUCUCCUGGAGCCCAUCAUCCUGCGGCUGAAAGCUCUGCUCUCUGUCAUUAGGAAGCAAAGCUCUUACAGGUUCUACUCCAGCUCACUUCUCAUCAUUUAUGACGGGCAGGAGCCCAAGGAGAACACGGCACCCUUGGAUAAUCACCUUCACUUCCAAAAAACAAACUGCACCACCUCACAGGGCACUCAUCACUCCAGAGUUGACGUCCGGAUGAUAGACUUUGCCCACACCACGUUUAAGGGCUCCAAGUGCAAUCACACCACUUAUGAUGGGCCAGACCACGGCUAUAUUUUUGGCUUGGAGAAUCUCAUCAAAAUCCUUCAGAAUAUCUCAGAAGGAAAAUGAGAAAUUCCUGUGUGAAAUAGCCUGGAUUGACUGGUGACUGAUAGCCCUGGGAAGUUCCACGUUGGGUCAGUUGUACGGGACCCUCACCGCUGCUGGACCUCAUGUGCACGUUUGGAAUGAGGGCACGGACAGCUUGCUAGGAAAGUGCAAAAAGCUCUAGGUGCCGUGAAUGAACUGAAGCGUAAAAAGCAAAGAGCUGAAAGAAUGUUUUGCCUGCAAUCAAUCAGAAGAUUUAUUUUCCCUUCUUGUUUUACUGCUGUCCUUGAUUUAUUUGUGAGCCAAAAGAAAGCAUUACUUGAAAGAGUCUUAAUGAUAAAAUAGGACCUGCUCACCUCUACACUCAGGAAGCCAAACGGGCUGAGGCCAUACCGUGGGCUCGAGUGAGACUAUUAGAAUGAGCUGGCGGGUCUGAGCAGGUUGCAGCAUCACCUCCGACUCCUGCUCACCACAGACGGGAAAGAAAAGCAGCCCUCAACACUCACACUGCAUGUGCCCAGCGCUGUGAGGCCAGCGGGUGCUCUCCCUACAGCCCAGGGGCUGAAACACAGACCUACGAGAUGCUGCAGAGGUUCUGAGCUGGGGACCUCAACCAAGAACUGGACCUCACAAAGGUUUAAUAUCCCUGUGGGAUUCUAUCAGGGCAUGUUUCAGGAACCUUCUAAGCAAGGAGCUCCACAGGGGCUGGAAUGUGAUGAUUCUGUCAGCGAUCAGUCACAAAAAACAUUCACAUCAAGGUAUUUUUGCUUUAAAAAAGUGAAAAAAAAGUGUGAGAUUGAGUCAGGGACUAGACGUUAAAGGUCACCUAGAAAUUCUUUGACACAAAUAUUGUGUGCGUUUGAAGGAGACAAUAGCAAGACUGAAAAUCAUGUUUACAGCUUUUGUGGACAGAUUUUAUUAUUAUGGAACAAACAUAAUUCCUUCCUGCAUGGUGUGGGAGACCUGAAAGAGAAAUCCUUACACAAGGAACAGCGCUACAGAACCCCAUUACUGGGGAGUGGGGAUAUGAGUAAAACAUGAAUAAAAUUGUCAAAAUAACUCCCA